CUUGCGGCCACGUUUGCGCCACCUACAGCCCGGGAGGGUGGGCGUCAUGGCGGCUUCUGGGCCGCUCCCGGUGACCCAGGACCUGUCCACGUUGCAUGCCAAGUUGCAGGGGCUGCUGCGGUUCCUGAGGGAAGCCCUGUCCAUUUCCAGUGCACAUACGGUGGACUUCUACACAGAGUCCGUGUGGGAGCAAGUGGUCGACUUGCCCCCGGAGACAGUGCUGGCGGUGCUGAGAUCGGCGGCGGAGGCGGAGGCCCAGCCCUCGGAGGCGCGCCUCCAGGUGGAAGCCGAGAGUGGAUCAGAUAUUACUGAUUUUCCGAAAAUAUUUUGUGAAACUUCCCAGAAGCUGGUGAGUGUGGAAGCCUUCGCUCUGGCUGCUAAAUAUUAUUCUGUACAAAACUUGGGAAUAUGUACUCCUUUUGAACAGUUGCUUGUAGCCCUUCGUGGAAAUCAAAAACGGAGAACUGAUGAAAAUGUGAAGCCAGAUGAGUUUAUGAAUUUGAAAAAAUCUCAUGAAGUUCAGGCAAUGUCAGAGCUCAUCAGCAGUGUUGCUGAUUACUGUGGAAUAAAGCAGAUAAUUGACCUGGGUUCUGGAAAAGGCUACCUAAGCUCCUUUUUGUCCUUGAAGUAUGGCUUAAAAGUUUAUGGAAUUGAUUCCUCAAAUACCAAUACUCAUGGAGCUGAGGAGAGAAACAGGAAACUGAAGAAACAUUGGAAAGUCUAUCGUAGGCGGUCAAAAUUAGAUGUCAAUGGACUGGCAUUACAAAUGACAAAAGAAAGGAAAGUGCAAGAUGAAAUUAAAUUUAAAGCCGAUAUUGAGGGAGUAUGUAACAGCAGUACUGCAAAUCAAGAGAAGAUGUCGACCUCGGACUUUCUGCAAGAUUUUUCAGGCUCUGUAAUUUCUAACAUCAGAAAACAAAUGGAAAACCUACAUGUUUACUCACAUCGAGAAGAAAAUUUGUGUUUUGAAAAUGCCUUUUCUCUUAGGGACCUUUUGCCUAUUAAUGCCAUAGAACCUACUUCUUCAUCCCAUAUACCCAAGAGAAAAAUGUCUGAAGCAAAUAAAGAGAGAAGAAAAAUGACAUCAAAGUCAAAUGAAUCCAAUAUAUAUUCACCUUUAACAUCUUUUAUCACUGCUGAUUCAGAACUACAUGAUAUUAUUAAAGAUCUGGAGGAUUGUUUGAUGGUAGGUCUGCAUACUUGUGGUGAUCUUGCUCCAAAUACUCUGCGAAUAUUUACUUCCAAGUCUGAAAUCAAGGGAGUUUGCAGUGUGGGUUGUUGCUACCACCUCUUAUCUGAAGAGUUUGAAAACCCACAUAAAGAAUGUACCCAAGAAAAGUGGGGAUUUCCAAUGUGCCACUAUUUAAAGGAAGAGAGAUGGUGCUGUGGCCGGAAUGCCAGAAUGUCAGCAUGUUUGGCACUGGAGCGCGUUGCAGUCGGCCAAGGGCUGCCUACUGAAUCACUCUUCUAUCGUGCCGUACUUCAGGAUAUUAUUAAAGAUUGUUAUGGCAUCACCAAAUGUGAUCGGCAUGUUGGUAAAAUUUAUUCCAAAUCCUCUUCCUUUCUGGAUUAUGUCAGAAAGUCUCUAAAGAAGCUUGGAUUAGAUGAGUCCAAGAAAGAGAGGCUUACAAAAAGGCAAGUCAUUUUCUCAGCGUUGAAGAGCAAGUGGCAGAGCUGGAACUUGAACGCAGAUUCAACUUACAUCAGAACCUCCACUGUCAACCACCACUGUACUGAGAAGUGAAAUUAAAAACAAAAGGAAAAAGACUAAUGUAGCUAAGUAUCACCAUAAAAUAUCAGUCUUAAAUGAUUACCUUUAUUAGUUAGUAAAGACAAUUAAUAGUGCCCUGCUGAUUUUUCUCUUAAAACUAUUUAAGUUCAUUGAAAGAUAAAUAUGUUGAAUAAAAUGGGUGAGGAAAAGAAAAGGAACAAGAAACCCAAGCUGGAAGGGGAGGAAAGUACAGAACCUAAUAAGGCAUUUCAAAGGUAGGGGGGUGAGAGGAAGCAAAUAGAUGAGUACGUGUUUUGAGGGGUUUUUUGUUUGUUUUUAUGUUAAACAAGAGGAAUUGAGAGUUGUGUCUGUCAGGCCAGAGUGGUUGGAAAUAGGAUAAGUUAUUAAAACCAAGCUUACAUUUCUGAUAUAAUACAAAACCCUAUUAUUUUUCUCCCACAUUAUGAAAUAUCAGUGCUAAAAUGAAGGUUUUGACCACAAACACAAUAAGAAGAGAUUUAUGAAUAGUUUUAUUUAAAAAAUGAAAUUAAUUUUCACAAGAUUCUAAUUACUAAAAAGUAUCAAAACCGCUUAAAUUUAAAAUAUUUGAUAUACCAAAGUGUUUAAAAGAUCUUUGACUAAAUUUAUAAUCAUUUACUAACAAACUUUUGUAUAUAAUUGAAAGUGUGGUGAAUACCACUGAUGUGUUUCUGAUCUCUCAAAGCACAUCUCUUCAUAUUCAAAACUAUGUAAGCAAGUGAAGUGCCUAGAAACCUCCUAACAUGCUCUGAUACUUUCUUAGUCACAAGAAAUCAUGUAAACAUGAGGAAAAACAACAUUCCCAGACAAAUCAUCAUUCCAAAGACCAGAACAGAACAGCAUGUGCUGAAUAUAUAAGUGGUUCAUACACAGCUUAAAAUAUCAAUCCAUAAGUCCUAUAGUCAGCUGUGACAGACAGCAUUGGACAUUUUCUCUUAGAGCAGGAUUUUGUCAAACUCAGCACAUUUGGAUAAUUCUUUAUUGUGGAGAACUAAUGUGUGCGUUGGAGGAUGUUUAACAUCUUUGACCUCUACCCACGAGGUGUCUGCAGUAGCGCACUAAUUUUAACAAUCCAAAAUAAAUAAAUUUUUAAAAAAUCUCCAGACAUUGCCACAAAUGUCCUGGGGGUCAAAAUCACCCCCAGUUAAGAUCCACUGUCUUCAAGCAUUUGUCAUUUUAGUGAUUCCAUUAACAUUCCCAUUACAGACCCCAUAUUAUCUUAAAAUGCCAUGUUACACCAAGAAACAUAGAGUGGGGAAAUGGGGAAAAGCAGUGAUUCUGUUCUUAUAUUUUGAAGACUUUUUAUCAAAAUGAUCCCCUCCUUGAUUUUUAAUUUUUUAUAGCCUUAACCGUUUAAGGGUGAUAUUGUUUCACCCCUGCAUAAGAUACAGUUCUGUUUAAGAAGAGUGUUUAGAUUUCACAGCAAAGCCAAGCCACUGAAAACAAUAAAUUGUGGCAGAACAUCAGCUACCUUAUAUCUGCAAGUGCACUGUUUAUAAUAGAUGGACUGCUUAGAAUGAAAUUUUACAGUAAUAUUCUUUGUAAUUAAGUAAAGUUCAAUUACUUCUUUAUAAAAUAUUUUAAUACAACUUUACAGUUGUCUGAAAUAACAAAAUCCUGGUGAUUAGCUUUACCUAGACCUUAAAAAAUAUUUUUAAAUUUUAUCUUCUGUUCCAAACUUUGGCAUCUCACCAAAUUUCAGAAAACCUUUAAAAUUGUAUUUAAGUUUUCAUAUUCAUGGUCCACAGCAUUUUUUUCUUCUUUUGUAUUAAUUUUCUCUCUUUCUCCUUCCACAUGCAUGUACUGCACACACACGGAUACAUGAGCGUACACACACACACACACACACACACACAUUCGUAAAUUUUUGAAGCAUCAAAUUUUAAAAGCAGCAAAACCACUAUUGCUUGCUAGACAAAGAACGAGCUGGAGCAUUUGUCCAUAAGAAGGGGAAAUAAAAGGAGCUUAUGUUCUAGAGCUUGCAUGUAUGUGUGUUUGUGUGCUGUAUACAUAUGAUGAAUAUUCAAAUAAAUAUUACUCUCAGAUAUUGAGAAUGAAAUAGACAAUAAAACUGGUGAUUUAACAGGAGUGGGGUGUGUGCUGUUGAAUGGACAAAGUCGAAAAUCACUAAGAUAGAACCUUAGUGGAAGGGAUAGAGGAUAACUCAGAAAAUUAUCCUUAAAUAUUUCUCCAAAACAGGCCAGCAAAAGCAAAACUUUUGAGACCAAAAUCAUUUAGUUAUUCACCAGCAAACAUUUAUUUUGAAGAAUCUCCCAUGUGCCAAGAAGAGUGGAAACUCUGGAGCUACAAAGAUAAUUAAGACGUAACCCAUGAGAAAAGAAAACAAGUAAUUGUAGCAUGAACUUACAAUGUUAGACAUAUAUUAAGUAUGUAUGCUUGGAGUGACUCACUCUGCCUUUAAGAUUUCUCAGAGGACAUUGAUGCCUUAGCUUGGUUUUGAAGGGUACAUAGGAGUUCAUUAAGCAAACAAGGUGGGAAGGUAGGGAGCAGGGAAUUUCAGGUGUGUGUGGUGGGGGGAAUAGCUUGUACAAAACCACAGAGAGUAAGAAACAUGAUUCUGGACUCAGCACAGCUGGAGCAUAAAGCAAGUAGAGGAGACAGUGGUGAGAGAUGAGGCCAAAGGACUAGGCACAUGUGGAGAGACCAAAUAAACUGAUCUUUGGACAUUAGAUCAAAGAUUAAUUAGUAGUAAUCAUAAUCACUAGGUGGUUUCAAUAUAAGUGGGAGGGCAACAAAAAAUACAAGGAGCUCAUAAACUUCCAUGUAGUAAUAUUCAGUGGUUCCUCGGUAUUCAUGGGGAAUUGGCCCCCCACUGAUAACAAAACCCAAGGAUGCUCAGGUCCCUUAUAUAAAAUGGUAUAGUACCAUUUUAUAUGGUAUAGUCAGCCCUCUGUAUCUGUGGGUUCCACAUCUAUGGAUAUGGAGGACUGACUGUAUCCAGAAAUGAUCUAUGUUAUAUGAGGUCAUCUGACCCUAAAGAAACAGCGAAUUCCUGAUACAGUUUAAAUAUAUAUAGGAAGCCUGUCAUCUUUGGUGAUAUGCAAAGAACAUGUGCAUUAUUCCCAUAAGUAAGUUCCUGCUGCUUUUUACAGCCACUAUAAUAACACAGGCAUACCUCAGACUGUGGGUUCAGUUCCAGAGCACCACAAUAAAGUAAAUACCGUAAUAAAGCAAGUCACGUGAAUUUUUUGGUUUCCCAGUGCAUAUAGAAAUUAUGUUUACACUGUACUUUAGUCUGUUAU